AUGAAAACAGGAGCUGCAGACAAAAACCGCCGCAGGAUUUGGAGUGUAGGACGAGAAGCAUCGGAGGCAUGGAGACUGCCUACAAAUCGCACUAACAACUGCCAUACCACUGCCUCAGAGGCGGACCAUACUAUCUUGAAUGAGACCAGCAAGAAGCAUCGCUUCAACGCCAUUGCCCUUAAGGAGACGGAAUCCAAGGAAACGGCCAUCAAGAAGACCAAUGACGGGCACCUCUUCGUUCUAGGAGCGAAAGUCGACGGAAAAAACUUCGGAGACGUAGGAUUCUUGUCCAUCGUCGGAUCGAACAUCUGGUCGACUCAACCGAAAUACGCGGCCCGCGACUGGCCAUGCACCGCCUACGCAUCGACAAGCGCACCACCGCCAGUCUUAUGA